AUGGCUGAGAUUGACGAGUUAACGCUUUCUGUAGUCCAUUAUGUCCAGGCCUCGAAGCGGUUGUCAACAUGGCCCCAAUCUCAGCUUCAAAAGGAGUUCCAUUGCCUCCAUUGUCUCCAUUGUCUGCCUACAUGCCCCCCCUCCUCAUUGAUAAAUUCGGCCGAGGUCGUAACCCUGGCAGAACGUAAAGCAUCCCAAAGGGCAGAGAAUCUCCAGGUUCUGGCCGUGAGCCUCCUGGCAGAUCUGAAAGCGGCGUGUGGAACAGCCCAUGAGCUUGGGCGCCGGCAGCUGACUUGGGGCACCGUCGUUCCUGCCGGGAUUGCCGGUAGCGAUGAGGACAUGGAUGACGUUCUGGCGAUCAUCGCAAAGCUGAUGGCAGAAGACAGGAAGUUGACCAGCAUCGGCUUCCGAAAGAUUGAGUGGUGCGUGCAAAGCCCAAGCGCCGACUCAAUGGGUGUGGGGCUGACUUGGCUCAAGGAUGCGCUGAUGAAGUAUGAAGCAAAGCAGCAAGCAAUUGAUCAAGGCUCUCAGUCUUCGCAGACUGCCGAAGACAGUGACCGCUUCUUUCUUUGUUGCGUCCUUGCGUCUGAAGGUGACGAAGAGGAAGAAGUUUGGGACCUUCUAGCUGGCAGCGCAGUCGAGAGCCAGGCCGGUUGCGUGAGCGUGUCGCUCACACCCGAAGUCCGAAAAGCUACACCGGAUGUGCCAACUCUCAGCGAGCAGCGAGAAGUGCAUGCAGAGCCGGAGCCUGUGGCAGUGGCCUCCCCGUUCAGAUCGAGGACAAGCGCGAGCCGACGCAUUCCUGCAGACAUCCUAGACAACCCCGAGCUGAACGCCUUCAUCGCAACGAAGCUCCCGCGGACCCACGAUUUCGAGGUUCACCGCUCUGUCUGGAAGUUGCGGCGGGCCGCUGCAAGGCAUGUAGGCCUGCAGCUGCCAGAAGGCUUGCAGGGCUGGGCCACAGCCUUGGCAGACAUCUUUGCACGUUUCGUCCCAACCGUGGAGAGCAGCACCAUCUUCGGCGAUGUCACGUUCGGUGCGUGCUGCAUUGACGACCUCGGGGCAUCUGCCCUUGGAGUGGAUUUCCUCAUCCACUACGGUCACUCCUGCAUCGUGCCGACAGAUCAAACUACCGUCACCACUCUCUAUGUUCAUGUCGAGGUUGAGGUGGAUGUGGAACACCUGGUGGACACCAUCCAGCACAACUUUGCUGCUGACAAGCGUCUUGCCUUCAUGAGCAGUGUGCAGUUCUCAUCAGGCAUGUUGCAGGCCGUGGACGAGCUUCAGAAAGAGGCAGAUGAUGGCAGGGCAAAGGUCCCACAGGUGAAGCCUCUGGGUGUUGGAGAAACACUUGGUUGCACGUCGCCCAAUGCUGGUGACGUCGAUGCGGUAGUUUUUGUCUGUGAUGGCCGGUUCCAUCUGGAGAGCGCCAUGAUCCAGAAUCCGCACUUGCGGGGAAACUUUUUCCGAUACGACCCAGCCUGCCUCACGCUGACGCGAGAAGGCUUUGCGCAUGACGAGCUGCACUCAAGCCGACGCGCUGCGAUUGCAGCAGCGCGGGAAGCACAACUAGUGGGCUUGGUUCUUGGGACACUUGGACGGCAGGGAAGCGUUGGAGUACUGGAGGAGCUUGUGCGACUAUUGGACCAACGAGGUGUUGCGCACUUCACAAUUCUUCUGUCAGAGAUUUCGCCAGAGCGGCUUGCACUCAUGCCAAAAGUCGAGGCGUGGGUACAAGUCGCUUGCCCACGGCUGUCGAUGGACUGGGGCAGUUCUUACCAGAGGCCCCUGCUCACACCCUACGAGGCACAUGUAGCUUAUGGGGGGCUUGCCUACAAAGAUGUCUAUCCGAUGGAUUACUACUCCAACAAGGGGGGACCUUGGGCAAACUAUGGUGCGCACAAUGGCCAUGGAGGAAGCGUUGGCCAGAAGUUCCGGCAUCUCGGGCAGAAGAAUAGGAGGCACUUGGAAGCCAGGAUCUUAAGGCUUCCAACUGUACAUGUUUUUGCGCCGCCUUGGCAGCCGAGCCGGACCAAGCCACAUCAAGCCACGGGACGUGCACGUGGGCAGUGCAAGCGGCCUCGGAGUUUCCGGUCCGCAAGGUCGGAAGGCAGAUGCGGAAAGCGACGCAGGUCGAGCUGA